AUGGCAGGUACUAGGCGCGGCACAAAAAAUAUUAAAAUUAAUCAUUAUUUUUUCUUAUGACCGACGUCCGCACUCGGCGCACUCCACUUGCAGUUUGCARUGUUUGCACCAUUGUAUUAUCUACGCCGCACCAUUGCUAUCACUCCGUUCAGUCGUAUCAGUUGUUACUUCGGAAAAACAUAUGACCACUAAUCGAGACGAUGAGAUAACAGCCUACACGGAAGGCACGGAUACAACAACGAUCAUCAUUCAUCAGGGAUCUACGUAUUUUGAAGUGACUCAAUCACUCGUCCAUAUUGUCUUCCCGUUGCAUUCAUUGUCGUGCUCGUUAUGGACAUGGAAAACGUAAAACAGAUAUUCCGAGACGCUGGCACCGCGAUCAGCAGAGCCGUGCAAUUUACAGAAGAAAAAUUGGGUAAAGCAGAGAAAACAGAACAAGAUCCAAAUUUUGAACAACUAGUCACUUUUUGUGAUAACACAAAACAGAACACUGAAUCUAUAUUGAAAAACAUGGAAUUUAUUUUGAAUUCUAAUCCUGGCAUGAGAGUAGAAAAUCUUUUUUUCUUAGACAAGAAAAAAUCGGGACUCAGCAGCUCAGAAUAUUUAGGAAUUGCCAUGACAGAAGCUGGGAACGAUUUUGGACCAGAUACUGCUUAUGGUAGUGCACUUAUAAAAGUUGGAAAUAUACAGCAAACACUGGGACUCAAUCAAAGGGAAUUCAUUAAAUCGGCCAAUGACUGUUUUGUGAACCCAAUGAAUAAAUAUUUAGAAACUGACAUGAAGACUGUUGUCAAGGAACGAUCACUAUUAGAAAAAAGAAGACUUGACUUAGACGCUUGCAAAACUCGAGUGCGCAAGACCAGAAUGCUUGCAACGACUAAAGUUAAGCAAGAUGACUCAGGUCCUACUAUGGAAGAGUUAAUAGAUAAGGCUGAACAUGACCUCAAAGUAGCUCAAGAAGAGUAUGAUCGUCAGGCAGAAAUCACCAAACUUUUGAUGGAAGGUGUUCCCAGUGCACACCCUCAACAUUUGCAACACUUAUUAGACUUUGUUGAUACACAAGCAGCUUUUUAUUUAAAAUGUCAUGAGUCUUUAAUGAGCCUCCAAUCGGAUCUUUCUGGAUUUCCGUCAGACCAAGACAAUGUAGCAACAUUAUCUCCUGAUACUCCAGCAUUGGGACGUAUUCAACAAGCUAAAGUUAUUACUAGUCAAGAGCCGCGAGAUGCUAAUGAUUUAAGGUUAAGUGCAGGAGAAAUCAUUAGUAUUGAUGUAAAUUCCGACAUUGGUUCAAACUAUUUUAUUGGUAAAAAAAUUCAAAAAGGAAAAGUUUAUAAAAGCAAUGUUAGACUUUUAAACCAAGGUUAAAUUGCAUAUGAAUCACUUCAUUUACAUUCCCUAUAACAAAUUUUUUAAUUACUUUAAUUUUCUUUCUAAAUCUUUCCAUAUAUUUUGUCUAUAUACUCUUUCUUAUUUAUUAUAUUUAAAUUUGUUACUUAAAAUCAACCUGGUUCUUAGCUUGUUAGGGAUAUUAUUUUAUUAUAAAAUUAGUUUGUUUUACAUGCUGAUAUUUGUUUUUGAUUUGUUCAAUUUUAUUAUUUCUAUAUGUGUUAGUGAAAAGUUAUGAACUCAAUCAAUUGAUCUGAUKUUUAUUGUUCUAACAAAUUUUAUGUGUAUUUGUUUAUAUUUACCAUUUACAUUUGAAAUAAUAUUGUAAU